AUGGACAUGAACAGCAUCAAAGACCAGGUCAGCAACCUUACGUUGUAUGACCUGAAAGCCGGUGUUCGCAAGGUGCAAAAUGCCGUCAUGAACUAUACCGAGAUGGAAUCCAAGGUCCGAGAAGCUACAAACAACGAGCCAUGGGGUGCUUCGACAACGUUGAUGCAAGAUAUUGCCAAUGGAACUAACAGCUAUCAAUUGCUUAACGAAAUCAUGCCUCUGAUUUACAAACGUUUCACCGAUAAAGCCGCUGAGGAAUGGCGGCAAAUUUACAAGAGUCUCCAGCUUCUCGAAUUCCUUAUCAAGAAUGGAUCGGAACGGGUGGUCGACGACGCGAGAUCCCACAUGUCCCUCCUGCGGAUGCUGCGGCAGUUUCACUAUAUCGAUAUGAAUGGAAAGGACCAGGGAAUCAAUGUGCGCAACCGCUCUUCCGAGCUGGUCAAGUUGCUGGGCGACGUUGACCAGAUCCGGACCGAGCGCAAGAAGGCGCGCAGCAACCGGAACAAGUUCAGCGGAUUCGAGGGUGGUAUGAAUGUCAGUGGAAUGAAUAGCGCUAGCUCCGGUCGCUAUGGUGGAUUUGGAAGUGACAGCGGCAUGGGAUACGGCGGUUACAGCGGAGGCGUCUACGGCGAUGGUGGAGGUUUCGGCGGCGCAUCCGGUGGUGGUGACUUCCAAGAGCCCAGCAGCGGUAGUGCCCGACGAGGUAAUCGAUUUGAGGAGUACGAUGAAUAUGAUGAAGGGGACGUCAGUCCACCACGCCGUGAAGCCCCGCCUGCAGCGAAGCGGGAGCCCAAGAAGCCCGAGCCGGCACCUGUGGCUGACCUGUUCGACUUCGGUGACGAUGAGCCUGUGGCCCCUGCUGCGCCCGCUUCGAAUGCGGCUGGCAAGCAGCCUGCUGGCAGCGGGUUGAACAUGCUGGACUCGGCGCCUGUCGAUGAUGAUGACUUCGACGACUUCCAGUCCGCAACACCAGCCCCUGUGCAAACCUCGAACCAAUUCGGAAUCGCGCCCCCUGCUUCCACCGGCAGCACAACCUUCAACACUCAAUUCGUCGCACCCAAACCAGUGUCUGCCUCGCAGGGCGCCAACAUCAAUGGCUUAGUCGGCUUCACAACUCCCACUUCUACCGGUGGCUCUUUCGCCUCCCCUCCCCCGCAGGCCAUGGCUGGCCAGCAAAAGGCCAUGGCCGCGAAGCCAACAGGUUUCCAAGCUGCUACCCCCAACUACUUCACUUCUGUUGCGACGGGUUCUUCGCAGUCAUUUGCCUCGCAGGUAACUCCAUCCAUCUCCUCAGGUGUGACUCCCUCGGCUGCCAGCAACAAGCCCGCAGCCAGCACCGCCUCCAAACCCUCCGGUGACGCCUUCGGUUCUCUUUGGUCCACCGCCAGCGCCAGCGCUGGUAUCGCCAAGUCCAACGCCGGUGCCAACAAGGGGCCCAACCUGGCCAGUAUGGCCAAAGAGAAGGCUAGUGCUGGCAUUUGGGGAGCUCCGGCCUCCAACUCCGCCUCCCCUGCACCUUCGCAGCCCCAGAAAAAGCAGGGCGGCUCUGCAUUCGAUGAUCUGCUUGGUUGA